CGCCACUGGCGCGCCUAACCUUACCCGGCUGCGAAUUUCCUAACCUCACAUUUCGUUGAAUUUUUAUUCUCGUCGAAAAAAAUCGCCCAAAAGCCAAAACAUGUUGGUUCCUUCGAGCGGGACAGGCCAGUACGCGGCGCUGUCGGCAAAAAUAAUCCGAUUCGUUCGUCACGGUUGCACGAAUCGACCUUUUUUUCACAUUGUUGUUGCAGAGCGGCGGAGGGAACAGUUUGAACCAGUUAUAGAACAAGUAGGGUCCUAUGAUCCCAUGCCAAAUGAAAGAAAUGAAAAGCUGGUCUCUCUUAAUUUAGAACGAAUAGCGUAUUGGCUUGGAAAUGGGGCUGAUUGCACCAAGCCAGUCCAGGAAUUAUUAGGUUUGUCUGGAUUUCUGCCCAUACAUCCGUUGAGCUACAUGGCGGCGUGGAAGAACCGACAAGUGGCUGAGGCAGCAGUUGUGGAGGAGAAACCAGAAGGCGACCAUAAAUGAUUAGUUUAAGUAAUACAUUGUGUUUUGAUUUAAACGUUUAUUAUGGACCAACAGACAAAGCACAGCACAUAUUUGAACUUUGCGACAACCUUACAAGAGAUCUUAAAAUGUGGUGAAAUACAAAAAUAGUGAGAUUCAAAUGGAAUUUUGUAAAACAAAACCACCCCAAAAAGGCACUAAAAUAAGAUAAAAUGUAAUACUAUAAUUACCUCAAAGGAAUUCUAAAAAACACUCCUCGAAAGUCUCAAAAAAAGAAGGUAAAAUAUUUGAGAUAUAUGUUACUAGGUGAUAAACAUCCCACAAAAACCCCCUAAUUAAUCGGACUUGUCCAAUAGUUUAGUAGCUGAAAAUACACCAGUUAUGCUAGGUUCACUUUCAUCAACCUUGUUACCUGAAUCCUUGGCUUUGGCCAAAACGCUGUCCACCCCACUGUGGUGUUUGAGGAAAUAAGGGCGCACUAAUUUUCGGUACAAAAUCAGCGAGCCAUUGAGCUCAGUGGGGAUCAUAAGCCAUAUUAAGAAAAUGCACUACAAAGUCAAAAAAAAUUAAAUCAGCAACCCCCAUCAAUCGCCAUUUUACCUUGAUGAGCCAGUACAGCGGGAACCACCCCACGAUGAGAUCCGCGAAGAACUCCAUCAACGAAAAAAUGGCAAAAACGACCCAGUACGUCAGCCACUUGGUGUCAUCAUCCUUCUGCUUAGUCUCGAUGGCGUGAAUCGAGGCAUAGGCCGGAUACAAGAAACCAACCGAGUUGCAAACCAGCUGCGCCGCGUAACCGAACACCAGCCACAAGCCGGUGAACGCAAUCGAGCCUACGUCCACAAAAAUCACUUAUUCAUUCACCAAGAUGGACCUUAACCCUUACCUACGAAAACGUAUAAUCUGUCCACGCCGGUCUUCGCUUCAACCAUCGCCAACAAACUAGUCCACGGCUUCGACCCAUCGUGCAACGCUUUGUUCAAUUCAUCCUUAAGUUCAGCUACUCGUCCUGCCAUUUCUGUUAAAUUUCGGUGACAACACAAAAACAAAGGCCGUUGCGGUGUUCAAGGCCAAUUUUAAUUUUAGAGGUUGAUUGAGGUUAUCAGCACAAGCCGCCAACUGAGCCAAUUCGUAGACGAAAUGUUAUCGCUGGACUUGCUAAUCUAAGGUUUCGGCGGCCCCCAGUCGAACAGCUGGAUGUGUCACCGGUUUAUCGCGGCGCCGAUAACGACAAAUUGGCGUAAAGAUAAAAUUUAUGUGACCUUUCGGGAAAUUUAUUCGAUUUGGUGACAAAACGAAAAUCCCUGAAUCGAACGAGUCGCCAUAUUGAAUUGGUUACCUAAUCUUGCUAGGCAAUAAUUCGUGUGUCUUUGUUGUAGAUAUGUUUCCUGCGAGAGCUUUAGUUAAGGCUGCCCCUCAAGUGAGGCAAAUGUCGGUGCUUUCGGGGCCCCCACGAGUCCGCAUUUCCUUGGCGGAAAAAACCGCCCAUGGUCUCGUCAUCACUGGGGCUAUUUUAGCCGUACCAUUGUGGGUGCUUGCCAACAUCAAGAACUACAGGUCUCACGAUUAAGUACCAAGGUGUUAACACAAUAGUCUUUUUUGUAAUUUAUGUUUAUUAAUUAAAUUGUUUAAAUAGUAAAAUGCCUAAGCGAAAAA